AUGAGGGGCUUCACGAUACUGUGGGUGCUAGCCACGGCUGCGAUUGCCAGCGCAGAGCCCCAAAUUGCCAGCAUCUACAUCCAACCAGUCUCAAUAGCUGGUCUGGCUCCGAGUCCUCUAGCCGACAUCAAAUACGACGUCACCGAUGUUUCCAGCGCCGAAGUUGUUUCUUACGACGCACCGGAACUCCCAGAAGGAGCAGCUCUAGUACGAAUCGGCGUGUUCGAUAGCGCCACGAAGCAGUGGGUAGCUUCAACGUCUGUGGCAUCUGUUGAGAAUUUUGGUAAGGGCUACUCGCCCGCCCUACUCCUGACUAUCGAUGGCAGGGGCGACGUCCUUGGUGCAGCAGUCAAAGGCGUCCGGAUUGAUGCAGGACAGACAAGGGACUUUGGACCGCAGGCUGUGGUGCAGGUGACGAAGGCGGGGAAGCAGCCGGAGCUCAACAAGCCCGUCGUCUUGAGUCCGGAAGGAAAGAAGGUCGUCCCAGAAGAGAAGACAUUCUUGCAGAAGUAUACAAUUUUGGAGCCCAUGAUGCUGAACAUGUCGCUAACAACUCACAGAUACUGGUGGUUAAUUGGCAUAGUUGUCAUGCUGGCAAUGUCAGGCGGAGGGGACGGGAAAUAA